GAUUUUAACGUUACUUGUCGGGAAUCGGGGAAGAUCGGAAGUCCAGUCAGCAGCAGCAGCAAGGGGUGGUGUGUAGAUAGGAGGCAGGAGAAACAUUCCCUGGAGUUCAGGAGAGGUUGGCUUGGAGACAUUCAGGUGCUCUAUUGGUUGUGUACAUUUUAUAUGUGUCUCCAAGGAAGUUCCACGGGGGCGUGGAGUCCGUAUAGGGCACAGAGGACAGCAGCUUUCUGUAUUACUUCAUCACAGAGUGAGAGAGAGAGCAGCUCGGGAUGUUUGAGAAGCUCGGCGAGUUGACCCACAGCCGGUUCCUGGGGGAGGCCAGCCCGCCGCAGGAGAAGCCGAGCCCCCCCGCCUCGGCUUGCAGCGGGAGCCGCGAGGGGCUGAGCUACAGCGCGGUCCUGGAGGAUGUGAACCGCCUGUCCCGCCUGCUGGGCCGCUUCUUGAAGACGGCGGAAAGCGCCGGCGUAAAACCGGCGGAGAGCUUCCCGCUCAGGCGGCGGGCGGAGGCCGGCCGGGGCUCGCUCAGGAAGCGGGAGAGCUUCAGGUCGGAGGCGGGCGCCAGGAGGAAGGGCCUGAGGGAGUUGAUGCUCCGCGAUGGCUGGGGCGGCUUGGGCGGGAUGUGGAGCGCCCACAGCGGCGGGAGGAGGGAACAGCAGGAGGAGGAGGAGGAGCAGGCGGAGAGGGCGCCCCUGUCAUCCCCCGGCUCGCCAGGAGAGGCGCUGGAGUCCCGGGAACACGAGUGGGCGCUGGCGCUGGCGGCCGGGGACUGGGAGGUGAUGGAGGCGCUGCUGCUGCAGGAGCCCGCCUUGCUGAACCACAGGGAGUUUGUGAGCGGCCUGACCGCCGCCCACUGGCUGGCCAAGCGCGGCGACCACCACGGCUUGACGAAGCUGGCGCGGCUGGCGCAGAGCCGCGGCUGGAGCCUGGACCUGAACGCCCGGGCGGCGGGCGGCGGCUACACCGCCCUGCACCUGGCCGCGAUGCAGGGCCACCCCAUGGUCAUCAAGCUGCUGGUGGGCGCCUACGACGCGGACGUCGACAUCCGAGACUACCGCGGCCGCAAAGCCUGGCAGUACCUGGCCGGCGAGACCCCCGCGCCGCUCCGGCAGCUGGCCGGCGCUCAGGAGCAGGAGGAGCCGCAACCUCCCCGGCAAGCCCCGGCCCCGCACAGACAGCACGACAGUCCCACCAAGAACCGCGAAUUCUCCCUGAUCCCCUCAGUGCACCGGCUCCUGAAACUAUCCUCCUGGCAGCGAGAGAAGCCAGAAAAGGCUGACUCCAGGUAGAAUCAGAGAGUGGUGCUGGAAAAGCACAGCAGGUCAGGCAGCAUCUGAGGAGCAGGAGCCCUUCAUCAGCAAUUCUUCAGGUCGAAUCCACCUGUGGAGGGACACUCGAACUUUAGAUCUCAGAUUCCCCCCCCUCCCAUCAAUACUACAGAGAGCUGCAGGCAGUAUCUUUCAGUAUCUGAAGAAGGGUCACCGGACUGAGAACCUUUCUGUCUCGCAGAUGCUGCCAGAUCUGCUGAGUUUGUCCAACAAUUUUCUUUUUUGUUUCGCUGUGUGAUCAACUGGCCUUGGUCGCCUGGUUUUCCAAAAGUCAAGACGAAACAUUGCGGAUGCUGGAAAUCUGAGUUUUUUAAAAAAAGCUGAAAAAUGCUGGAGAAAUUCAGCGGGUCAGGCGGGGAGAAUAAGUUAACGCUAAGGAACUGCUGUCACAGAAUCAACAUCACUGUAAUACCAAUUCCUUUAAAACCCAUAUAGAACUUUCCACGCCGUUACUACCCGAGCUGUUAAGUUUUCCAGCACUUUUUUAUUAUAUUUUUUAAAAAGUACUUUGUUCUUAAACUCGAAGACAAUUUCAUAACAUGACCUCUAAUAUUCGGUACGUUUUCAUUUUAUAAUUGUAAUCAAGUUCCUUUGUGGGAAUUUUUUUUUUGACUUGAGUGUAUUGACGAGAGAAUGCCCGAACGUGUUUUGACAAAUGCGGGUGAACUCGGGGCAAAGUGUUCAUUUCAAACUCUCCCUCAUCCUGUCGAAAUGUAACUGUAAUUGAAGUAACACUUCAUAUUUCUGAUACUGAUUUUUGAUGUAGUUUUAUGAGAUCGAACUGUUUGUAUUUUGGUCGGUAUGUUAUGUCAUCAGAAGCAGAGUUGAUGGAUCAGAUUGUAAGAUGAUCCUGCCUUAACCAGUGUACCAUAAACAGGUAUUGUCAGUACAAUUCUCAAAACAUGAUUUGUUUAACCGCUCAGGUGAUGUGAAGAUUUAGAUUAUAUUUUUAACCUUGAGACCGGUUAUUACUGUGGGGAAAAAGCAAAUUACUGCGAAUGCUGGAAUGUGAAACCAAAAGAGAAAAUGCUGGAAAAUCCCCGCAGGUCCGGCAGCAUCUGUAAGGAGAGAACAGACUCGAAACGUCAGCUCUAACUGACCCUUUGUCAAAGCUUUGUCGAGCUGUGGUAUUACUGUGAAAAUACUGUUUUGAGUCAUUUUUGUUGCUUCUGUGAACUAAUGUUUGGUAUGAAAAUCAGCAUUAAUAAUAGGCAAUAAAAGUAGCCAGAUACUGCGAA